ACUCUGAGAAUGGUACCGGUAUGUCGCCAGCUACGGCUGAGAACGAUACAAUUACGCGCGUUCUUCAAAGAUUUAAUGCUCACGGGAAAAAUUAGAAGUUGACGUUUUUCUACGCUACGGUUGCCGUUCCGAUGGUGUAUUCAACUAAAAUAGAAUAAUGAAAAGAUUGCAUGAAUCCAUGAGCUACCUGUACAGUACAUGUGCAUAGAUGUUUAGUCUGAUGACUUUGACCAACAUCCUGUGGAAAUAUGGGCAAACCAACCAAGACAAGACCACCCACAAAGGGGAAUGGUCAGUCUAUGCAUGGACACCAGUCUUCAUUGGAUAGCUUCUUCAAAAAGAAAUCAGAGCUACCAUCCCCUCUUUUUACUCAAGUUAUAUCGACUUCACAAAAAGGUUUUAAGAAGCAGAAAGACCCGAAAUCCUCUAUAUGUAAGAAGCCUGCUCCUAUUGCACCUGCCAAGGAAUUCAAACGACAGCCUGCUUCAUCACUGCCUAUAAUAGACCCACAAGAUGUUCUAGUUAUACCAGCAACCCCAGAAUCUGUACAGUCAAGUACAAAAGAUUGCUUCCAGUCACCACCUGCUGUUAACAACCAAGAUACAACUGAUUCUCCUUUCUCACAAAUCAUCAUUCCAGACACACCAGACAAUGUUAUUCCAAAGAAGAGGCCAUUUACCAGUCUCCUCAAUCACAGUAGGGAUAUCUCGGGAAGUACCUUCAAAGUAGAUGAUUUCAGCAGGAAGGACUCCUCAAACAAAUCAAAAUGUGGAAGAGACAUUGAGAGAAUCCCUUUACCUCUUCUCCAAGCCACCAAUGCGGAACUGCCAAAGACAAAAGUGAAUUUAAAAGGCUCUUUGGUAAAGAAUGAUAGAAAGAUUGAUCAAAACUGCUCAAAAGGCAAAAAGGAACCAAGUGCUUCUGGAGAAGAUAAUAUGAUUGCUAUUAGUGAAAGAGAUAAUAAAACAAAGCCAUCUAACAAACUGAGCAGGUUGUCAAGAAAAGGCAACAAGUUAGCAAAGGCUAGUAAAGAGGUUUUACCAAAACCAACUACUGGACUAGAAAAUGAAGAAUGUAAGGUAGAAGCAGUGGACGACCGAUUGGAAGAACUUGAGGAUCGUCAUGUAAAUAGGAUUGAGAUCAAACCAGCUGUGUGCAGGGUAAGGAACUCCUCAAAGAAGAAUACAUCAAAGCUGAGUCUAUCAAGGAAAGUCCAGAAACAAUUGCUGGAUACAACUGUCAGAGCUGUCAAGAGAUCACCUAGCAGAGGAAACUCCCCAUAUUCAAAGCGAUUCCAGGAUUCUGUAUGCACCAUCGACGACAUGGAUCAUGACAGAAAAGACAGGGUUAAGAAAUCUCUCCUUGAAGAGUAUGGAGUUGACAGUCAUCUUGCCAAAGAAGUGCUACCCUGUCCUCCAAAGGAAGAGCCAGAAGAGUUCAUCUCAGUUAUUCCAGAUUCCUGCCCAACACAAAUGGCAAGGGAGCAAGAUGCAUUGAUCAUUCCAGACACCUGCCCUAUGGUGGAAGAUACACCGGAAAAGAGCAUUCCUAAGGUUUCAGGAUCUCUGAUCUCUGAGACAGUAAGUUUAUCUGUAGAAAGCCCAAGUUUACAAGUUUCAUCAACUCAGGAAAAAGAACACAAAGUGCAAUAUGAUUCCUACACUGCCAGUAAAAAUGAUUUAACUUCAGAACAACAGAGUGUUCUGCAGGAGAAUAUAGAGUGUGGAGUAAAUAAUGAUGAUGAUGUCAGUUUAGGGGAAUCAUAUUAUAAACCUGCUCAUUCCAGUGAAGCUACCAGUACAAUGGCAGCAAAGAUAAAGAUACCCAAGAACCAUGUUCAGACAGGACCUAUAGAUCAUCUAGAUGCCCAUAAAAUGGAUAAAACAGCAUCCAAAGCUCUGGAAAUAGACAUCAUGCAAGACAGUUCUGUAGCAUUUGAUUCCAAGGAUUUCAGUACUCCAAAUGAAACUCAAAGUGGAAAGAUUGAUCAUGGAACUAAUAUCAGCAGUCCAGGAACAGCUGCCCUCUUAGAAGGACUGGAUGACUCAUUCCUGGAUGGCAUCAAUUUAGAUGAAUUGGAUAACAUGCAAGAUGGCAAGGUUGAAGGAAAUGCGAUUUCCAAUAUUGAUAAAAAGUUUCGUGAGUUUUCACCAUUUAAGAUGAAACCUGGAGCAGACAGCAAGCUCAAUCAACCUCUUGUUGACCUUUGCCGAUACGUUGUGACAGGUGUUCAGGACAACAUCAAUAAUAAGAGGCUGAGUGUAAGGAGUAUGUCAGACCAGAGUGAUAAGUUCUGCAUCCUCAAGGACACAUGGCAAGACUCCCUUGUUGAAGAGGGUAUGGUGAUUGCUAUCCAUGGGACGUUUAGUGCUGAUGGUAUAUGUGAGCUCAACAAUCAAUCAGGCUAUCUUAUUAUCAACCCUGAUCAUUUACUCACUGGAACAGCAGUGUCAAACAGCAUCAGGUGUAUGAGAAGAUCUGUCUUGAGUGAAAAUUUUAAGGGACUGGAGAGAGGGAAUCGUGCCAUGCUUCUUGGGUCUCUGCUUCAUGAAGUCUUUGAUCAGGCCAUUUUGAAGAAUCAGUUUCAAAAACCCCAUCUAAUGCAGAUUGCCCGUGAUAUACUCAAGCAGCCUGCAUUCCUCUGUGACAUGUACUCAUUGAAAGUAGAUGAGGAAAACCUACUAGAGGAGGUGGAAGAAUAUGCUGAUACUAUUAAAAGAUGGAGUGAUUCCUAUCUGGGAUCAAAGCCUCGGGGCAAUGUUGACAUCAAAUGGCCUGGCUCCUUCAAGUCUGAGAAUUGUAACAUGAGUGUUAGCAAGGUAACAGAUAUUGAAGAGACUAUCUGGUCCCCUAGGUGGGGUGUUAAGGGAAAGGUCGAUCUUACGGUAGAGGUCAAGAUUCACAGACCAUCUUGUUCACAAUCUGUUGAGCAUGCUAUGCCUCUAGAACUGAAAACAGGCAGGGAGACCAACUCUAUUGAACAUCGUAGCCAGUUGAUACUGUACAGUCUGAUGCUAGGUGACCUUCAAACGACCUCUGACCUUGGGUUUCUUCUCUAUCUCAAGACGGCAGCGAUGAAAUCUGUUCCUGCUAACCAUAUGGAUAAAAGAGAGCUCAUCCAUCUACGUAACCAGCUGGCCUUCUACCUCUCCCGGACUGCCAGGUCAAUGACCACAUCCACUGCCCCUUCCUCAGCUGACUGGCCAUCCCAAACUAAACCUAAUCUCAUCCCACCGGUCCUCCCAGAACCAAUCCGUGAUGAUUUCUCCUGUAAGCGAUGCGCUCAUCUCCAAGCCUGUAGCAGCCUUCACAAAUUGCAGGGUUCCCCCACCCAGCUACCUUCAUCUGUUCAAGAUCUAUUCAAUGAAAGCAUUGAACAUUUACAAGACUCACACCUCCAGUAUUUUGCUCACUGGUAUCUACUCUGCUGCCUGGAGCUUGAGGCCACAAAGAAGAGGAACAAAAGUAAAAACAUCUGGUGCAAGGAGUCUAUUGAGAGAGAGAAAGAUGGUGAAUGUUGGAGUAACAUGGAGUUCAUGAGCUCAACACCUAGAGAUCAACAGAAUGGAGGAUUUACACUGGCCUUUAGAAGAAAACAAGGAGUGAAAGGAUGUUCAGCAGCCAGCUUGGAUAAAUGCUUGAUGAGAAAUGGUGACAGGGUAGUCAUUAGCAUUGAAGGGAGUAGAAGAGUUGCUAUCUGUGUGGGGUUCAUUGAUACAAUUACUAAAACAGAUAUCAAGAUUAGCUCAGACAGCCAAUUGAAGAAGGAUGGCAAAGAAAGCACUCUUUAUCGUAUUGACAAGGAUGAUAGCUACAACAGCAUGGCAGCUAGUAUGGUCAAUCUUACCAAACUCAUGAAACCUGAACAUACCAAGUUACAAAACAUUGUGAUCAAUAAACAGCCGCCUACAUCUAUCAAGAAACCCAACUUGCCUUCUCGAGCCAGAGGUGAGGUAGCAAUAAUUAUGAAAGACUUGAAUGAAGACCAACGUGCUGCUAUCAAGGCUGUCCUUCGAAGCCAAGACUAUACUCUCAUCAUUGGCAUGCCUGGCACAGGUAAAACAACCACCAUAGUAGCGCUUGUGAGAAUCCUUGUAGCAUGCGGUAUGUCUGUUCUUCUAACCAGCUACACUCACUCUGCUGUAGAUAACAUACUACUCAAACUACUCAAGUACAAGAUUGAUAUCUUACGCCUUGGAGCACAGCAUAACAUCCAUCCUGAAUUGAGAGAUUUCUCCGAUAGCAAACUAAUGAAGGAAGCAUCGGGCGUAUCACAACUGGCUACACAGAUGGAGAGAAAGAAAGUAGUUGCAACAACAAGCUUGGGUAUGAAGCAUGCCCUCUUCACCCGGCAUAGCUUUGAUGUGUGUAUCGUAGAUGAAGCAUCUCAGAUCAGUCAACCUGUAUGUCUAGGACCACUCUUCUCUGCUUCCAAGUUUGUUCUUGUAGGAGACCAGUGCCAGCUACCACCUCUAGUACAAAGCUCCAGAGCGAGGGAUCUUGGUAUGGAUGAAAGCCUCUUCCAGAGACUGGUGUCAGCUCACAGCUCAAAUGCUAUGAGCCUCAGUCUUCAAUUCAGAAUGAACUAUGAAAUAAUGGCUAUAUCCAAUCACAUGGUCUAUGAUGGAGCAAUGAGAUGUGGCAAUGAGGCAGUUGCCAAAGGAACUGUCUCUUUGCCUAACUGGGAUACAUGGUGUAAGGAAUCCUGUGAAGAUGCCUGGUUAGAAGAUGCAGUAGAUCCUAAAACCGUUGUGUCCUUCCUCAAUACUGAUCAAGCCUGUGGUCCAACGGAUGAAGCGUCUCCAAGCAACACCAAUAGGCUUGAAGCCAUCCUGGUCAGGAGUAUUGUAAAGAGCCUCAUGCAAGCUGGUUGCACUGCUACUCAAAUUGGAGUCAUCUCACCAUACCGCAGGCAGUGUCAGCUACUCACCUCUACACUCGCCGACCUAGGGUCAAAGGUCAAAUCACUAGAGGUCAACACAGUGGACAAGUACCAAGGUCGUGAUAAGGAUGUCAUUGUUGUGUCUUUCUCUCAUAGCACGGCUGAUUCUCAGGGUGGAUCUAUUCUAAAUGAUCUUCGUCGACUCAAUGUUGCCAUGACGAGGGCCAAGCACAAGUUGCUUUGGAUUGGUAGCCUCAAGUGCCUGUCACAGUUUCAACCUGUCCAGAAACUAAUUGCAUUCAUGCAACAGCAUCAACUAAUCAGAAAUCUCCCUCAUGAUGCCGGAAAGCAGACAACCUGACAAGACUCCUGAUUAUCUAACAUGUGGUGAUAGAUGGUACUCCAGGAAAAGUUCAGGCAAGCAAGUGGCAGAUCCCUUUCAUAUUGCUAUUUAAUGUCAAGAAUUAUUGAUGGUUUAAUGAUGAAAAAUAUUUUUUUAGAUGGUGUUUGUGAGUAACUUGGAAGACUUUCAAAAUCAGUUGUCAGACUGGUUCUAUGGUAGAUGGUGUGAAGAUACAUCCAUCAGUGAAUUGGCUAGGUUUGUAUGUCUUCUUAAGAGGAGCGAAUUCUACAAAAGAAUGGUGCUGAUAUCAUACCUCUAUUACACCUUUAUAUCAAAAUACAUGAAUAACAUCAUUAUAACACCAUACCUACAUGACAUCAUUAUAGCACUUACCUUGAUAAUACUUACCGGUACAUGGCAUUAGACAUAUCAGUAUUUUGCAAGUAUACAAGUUUUCUGGAGUACAUCUACCAGAAAGCAGUAAAUGGUGUCAAAUAUUUUCUUUUAUAUUCUUCACCAGUCUGUAUCACACAACAUUGUCACUGUUUUCUCAGUCACCACAAGGGAAGUCACUUGUGGGAAAGAUGACAAUACUUGGAGCUAUCAGAUUCUCAUUUUACUUAGGCAGAUGUUUUACAAAUUUGACUGUUAAAAGAUUGCCCUUCAAAUGUCCUCUAAUUAUAGUGGCUUGUGGGAAAAAAGUCACAGCUGACUUGAUCGGGUCGACCACUAGUGUGUAGUCCCAUAUAUACAUUUAUGUGCUCACUGCAUGUGGCUGUCAUCAGAAUAGAGUCAUUUUUUUAUCACUUCAGUAUUUCCCAAACAAGAGAGCAAGCAAACAUUAGUUUGUUAUUGGUGCAUGAUGCACUUUGAAACCCUUUUUGAAAAGCACUUUAUAAAUAUUAAGCAAAUCACUGUUGAUAAAGAUGAUGGGAAAAAUGGCUUCCGGGGCAAGCAGGAUAUCAAUAUCUUUCCAAAGCGAAGCUGAGGAAAGAUAGCGAGUACAUCCAGCUGCCGAGGAAGUGAUAGUUUGCCUCAUCACCUGAAAUCAAGAGGUGAUUAUAUGCUUUAUAUGCCACAUCUGGAACCACUUUAAAAAGAGAAAUUGAUAGUCAUACAUCUCUAUGAAAUGGAGGUUUGAUUUUACAAAAUCAAGAUUUUCUAAGAAAACCAAAAAAAUCACUCUGAUAUGCUUAUUUUAGUGCUUGUGCAUAUUUAAACUGCAUGCAAGUAUUUAGAUCUUGAGUCAAGUAAGAUGGUGACACAACAUUUGCUCCUGUGACAAUUGCUCCAGGCUUAAUUUCGUCUAAGAUGUAGGGUUAGGGUACGGGUUGCAAUAGGUUUAUAUGUUGGAUUUAGGGUAGAGUAUAGUGUUAGGUCCAGAGUUAAUCAUUAAAUUAGUGUGUAAAAUCUAGAGCGGACGAUGCAUGUUCAUUUUGCGCAAAGUUUUACUGCUAGUGCUUAUGUACACUUUGCACAUGCAUAUAGAUCUUCAGCGAUCAUCACUACAUGUGGAGUAAGAUGGAACAAAAAGCAUUGCGUUGCAUUGACCUAUUUAUUUCUUGUGUACAAUGUGUUAUGACCCUUUGGGGAGAAGUGGUCAGCGAAACACAGAAGUUCCAUCACCACGAGUGAUGCUUAAUAGGUAGGCUACACUUUAUAAUGUGUUGAUUUUCGACCAAUCCUAUAGCAAGAUUCUUAGUAUCUGAAUAUUAAAUGCAUUAUUAUUAUCAUUAUGAAUAGUACUACUAUUAUAUGUCACACCGCCAGUAUUGGACAUAUUCUUCCAUAUUUCAGUCUCUUGACCUUCUUGAAUACUACAUUGUCUGAUGCCCAUUAUGUCAAUGCAGGGACAACUAGUUGCCUGUAUUCACUAAGUUUAUAUUUAUAUGAGCAAUAAUUUAUUCAUGUGCAUGUGUAAUCAUCCAGUACUAGAGCAAGUAAUCUAUGCAAAUAUGAUCAUUGUACUCACAUACUCUAUGCAAUGAGCUUGCACAUGCUUUUAAGAUUAAGUAUGGUAAACGUGUUAUCAUUGAGGGUUUUUUUUCUGUCUUUUUUUUGGUCAAAUUUGACAACUUUAGACGACUUGUGAAUAGGAGAAUAAGAUUUUGACACGGAUGAACUACAUGUAAUUCAAUUAAUAGAAAAGUUUUUAAAAAUACAUGAAUUUGAUAAAUAGGAAAGAUGAUAAGUAGGACAUUUGAAUUUUCAAAUGUGUGAUAGAAAAUUUAACUUAUAUUACUUAUCAAUGUGUGAGAUUAAAAAAAAAAAGAGAUUUAUAUAGAAAGAGACUUUGUGAGAGAAAUUUGUUAUUUAAAUUACAGUAUUUAUUGCCCAAAUGAUAUUGUGUAAUAGAUGUGAAUGAUUGGAUCUUAGCACUGCGAUAAGAAGGAUUGCAUUUGUGAUCUAAUUUACAUUAAUAUUUCUUAUUAAAUAGAUCUCAGUUACAGUAAUCAUUACGGUGAAGAAUUGGAGUGUGAGAUUUAUCCUGAUUAGAUAAUUUUAACAAUCCAUCCUUUUAGUGACUGAGAUUUACCAAAGACCUGGAACCUUCUGCCUUCCUGCCAGGCUGUAAUGUGAAGGGUAGUACUACAUAUUAUGUUAUGCAGUGCCCAUUGGAAGAUCAGGCUGUACUAUUGAAAGAAAGCCAAUUUCAGACUGGUUUGCAGUGGUAAAGGUAUUUUAAUCCAUGAAAGACAGCCUCGCUGCAGAGACAUAAAUAAUAAAAAUACAAUGUAAAUACAUAUUGAUAAAAUAACAUCAUAUGACCCAUGUAAAACAUUUAUUCCAUGUGAUAAUUUACAAUUAUUUCAAUAAAUAGUUUAUACAAUAUUAUGAUUAUAAGUCUCAAUAUGACAUUUCUUUAUUCUUGCUUCACACAUAAGGGUUGAUAAAAAUAUACAUAUAUAUCAUCCAUAACUAAACUGCAGUUUGGAUAAAAAAUGCAAAAAAACAAUUCCUGCAUAUUACAUAAUAAAAAGACAGGUUUUAUUGCAAUACGAUCCAAUUAAAAUAACUCACCGCCCACACCUCUCAGUAUCUCUGGUUUAAUGCACUCUGGUAAUUACAGUAUUGUUAUGUUGAGCUAAAGGGAAAAUAAAACAAACUACAAUCAACAUCAUGAAACAGAUCUGACGGUAAGUGGUUACAGUCGCAUAUUAGUGUAAAAACAUUUAUAAAAAUCUUAACUUCAGAGGCAUAAAAUAUGUCAGUUUACAUAUUAAAAAUUCAUAUAAAGUAAUCCCAUAGGCAUCAAUAAUUAUUUAGUAAGAGUAAAAUACAUGAUCACACAAAGUUUACAAGUAUACAGUAGUAUAAUAACAAUAAUAAUUAACUCACUUGUACUUUGACUGAAACUAACACGGGAAGACAACCUUCUUCUUCAAAAGCUCAAUCUCUUCUGCCCUCUUCCCGCCAAUUUGUGCUCUAGCUGGCUUCAAAAGAAAACCUCCUACAGCUAUUGGGGGUACAUUAUUGCUACCCCCAACUGACUCUUGAUUGGUCAAGAGAUCAACCCAGCCAAGUAUAUCCAGGGAUGCUUAAAUGCAUAUUUGAAUACACUUUGAACAAUAGCCAUUGUUCACCAAACUACAGCAAAUUUAAAUAGCCUGAUGCAACCCAAUGGGGGUAGCCAUUUUCACAUUACAACAAAUUUCCCCCCAAUUAAUGAAAUUGCCUGGCAAUACAUUAAUUAAGCAAUAAAUAAUUCAAACCGCCAAUCAC